AUGGCCUGGUUGGAAAGCCAUUGCUGCAAGUUUAUCCCCCUCUGGUCCAACACUGGCCCCGCUGAUAUUGGCUACAGUUACUUCACGAGUGUGUUUGUAUCUUUGGGUGUGUUCCUCUUUGGCUAUGACCAAGGUGUAAUGUCCGGCAUUAUAACUGGAAUGCACUUCAAAGAUUAUUUCAACCAACCGUCCCGGGCCACCAUCGGGACCGUCGUCGCCGUCCUUGAGGUCGGCGCAUUCAUAUCAUCCCUACUCGUGGGAAGGGUGGGCGACGUCAUCGGCCGCCGGAGAACCAUUCUCUAUGGCUCGAUCAUCUUCUUCAUCGGUGGUGCCUUUCAGACCUUCGCAAACGGUAUUCCCAUGAUGAUGGUUGGGCGUGUCAUUGCUGGACUCGGUGUCGGCGCGCUGUCCACCAUUGUGCCGGUGUAUCAGUCGGAAAUAUCGCCCCCCCACAACCGGGGAAAACUCGCAUGCAUCGAAUUCACCGGAAACAUUGCUGGAUAUGCAACCAGUGUGUGGGUGGACUACUUUUGUAGUUUUAUUGACAAUGAUUAUUCAUGGCGUCUUCCACUGCUCUUUCAAUGCAUCAUGGGUGCCUUGCUUGGUUUUGGCAGCCUGAUUAUAUGUGAAUCGCCUAGAUGGCUCCUUGAUAAUGAUCACGACGAGGAGGGUAUGGUCGUGAUCGCUAAUCUUUACGGCGAAGGCGAUCUCCUCAAUGACAAAGCCCGCCAAGAAUACCGUGAGAUCAAGAUGAACGUUCUCGUCCAGCGACAGGAAGGCGAGCGCUCCUACUCAGACAUGUUCCGCCGCUAUCGCAAGCGCGUCUUGAUCGCCAUGUCGGCCCAAGCCCUAGCCCAGCUGAACGGGAUCAACGUGAUAUCAUAUUAUGCGCCUCUCGUGUUUGAAUCGGCUGGCUGGGCUGGGCGGGACGCCAUUCUUAUGACCGGAAUUAAUGGCAUAUCAUACCUCCUCUCCACGAUACCCCCGUGGUAUCUGGUGGACGGAUGGGGCCGGCGUCCAAUCUUACUCUCGGGGGCUGUGGCCAUGAUCAUUUCACUCUCCCUGAUAUCGUAUUUCAUAUACAUUGAUAUCCCCGCCACACGCACCCUCACGGUCAUUUUUGUCAUGGUCUACAACGCGGCAUUCGGAGCGUCGUGGGGACCUAUCCCGUGGCUCUAUCCCCCGGAGAUCUUGCCUCUGAGCAUUCGGGCUAAAGGUGCCAGCCUGAGCACCGCUUCAAACUGGGCAUUCAACUGGCUCGUCGGUGAAGUGACACCCGUCCUCCAGGCAGCUAUCAAGUGGCGGUUAUAUUUAGUCCAUGCAUUUUUCUGCGCCUGCAGUUUUGUACUUGUCUAUUUUCUGUACCCAGAGACAAGUGGUGUUCGAUUGGAAGACAUGAACAUACUCUUUGGCGAUGCGUCCACCGCGAUGCCCACACCUGCCACUCAAGGCGAGCGAGGGUCGUUGAUGGGGGCUGGCUCACCUGUUCCCUCCCUGGACCUGCGGCGGCAGUAUGGGCAAUUCGGAACAGAAAGCUCGAUCCCGGGUCUUGACAUUGAUCCCCCAAGUCUGAGUCCCGAUCGACUCAGUAAACGGGGACGUUCAGACUCCCAGCACAGCGGUCCACGACGGGAGGGACUUGGCGGGUGGAUCUCAGGCAUGGUCAAUCGAAACCGGGGAGCCGGUCCCGGGACCAGCAGUCAAUAUCGGCGUCUAGAACAAGGUGAGGAAGAGGGGUGA